GUGGUCCAAAGCACCUAAGAUCCUUCCCCACUAUUGUUUUGGGGGUCCUUUAUUUCUCUUUCUCUUCUUGUUCCAUCUUUCAUGUGAGAUAGAGAGAGAGUGUGUGGGUGUUGAAUUUUGCAAAUGAGUAUGAGAAGAAGCAAGGCGGAAGGGAAGAGGAGUUUAAGAGAAUUGAGUGAGGAUGAGCAAGAAGAAGAAGAAGAAGAAGAAGAAGAAGAAGAAGAAGAAACAGAAGAUGAAGAUACUUUCGAAGAAGAAGAAGAGGCUUUGGAGAAGAAGCAGAAAGGUAAAGUUGCGGGUAGUAGUGGAGUUUGUCAGGUCCAGAGUUGUACCGUGGAUAUGAGCAAAGCCAAACAGUACCACAAACGACACAAAGUCUGCGAGUUUCAUGCCAAAGCUCCUAUUGUUCGGAUCUCUGGUCUUCACCAACGUUUCUGCCAACAAUGCAGCAGGUUUCACGAGCUCGGUGAGUUUGAUAAAGCCAAGCGGAGUUGCAGGAGACGCUUAGCUGGACACAACGAGAGAAGGAGAAAAAGCGCAAUUGAAUAAAGACGGUGAAGGGUGUGAGAUGCCGAUUUGAAGGUUAAUGAAACAGGCUUUGCUUACUCUCUUCUGUCAGUCUCUUUUAUAGCUCCUUGUCUUGUAAUCCCCUGUGUAUCUCUCUGUUUCUCCAUAAUGCCUGCAAUCAAAGCUAUAUAUGCUAAACCUACGACAUGAUUAAAUAAAUGCAUUGAGACUAAGUAAAUGCUUGAAAUAUUA